ACCCACACUAGACUAGCUUGAAACCAACCGGACGAUGGAGCUUUUGGUAUCUCCUAAAUCGAGUCUUCCGGCAGCGGAAGAGCUGGACACCCGGAGGAGGGAUAGUGGCAGCUCGGGAAUUGUCAAUCCGGUGGCCGGAUUUGAGCUGGAUCUGGACUCCAGUAGUGUGAUCAGCGAUAUCACCAAAAUGCCACGCGUUCCAGGUGAUGGGGCUCAGGCCGAUGAGGAUGUGGAUAGUGCCCAUCAUCAUGUUGUUUGCUCAAGGUUGGAUGUGGUCAAAACGUGUGACAGGUUAGCUGGGAAUGGGCCUGGAUUGGCCACCGUUGAACCGAAGGAAACGACCAAGUUGGACCAUCAGGUGCUGUUGCAGAAAAGCAACGGAGAUUUACGACCCUGCAAUAGUUUGAUGGUGUAUCAAGACAACAAGCAACGUCCCAAUGGCGUAACGACGCCCGUGUUAACGAUGGAGGAUGCCAACGGAAAGUGCAUUGGCAACAUUUCAUCACCGCCACCUGGUGGAGGAGGAGGAGACGAGUCUAAUGGCGGUGGAGCAGACGGUUCAGAAACCGAUCGAGGUGGGGCUGACGACGGGAACCAGAAUAAUAAUAACAACAACGGCAACCUGCCACCGCACUGUAGCAGCACUUAUUCGGCCUUCAAGCGGGGCAAUGUCAUCAAGGGCAUCCUGUGUCCGUCGAUGACCAACUCGUUCCGGGCCCCGUCCCUGGAACGAUCCUAUCUGACCUAUUCCCACCGGCAGCGCCAGAAAUCGCUCAUCCUGGUCAACGUGGUCGACUUGGUGCUCAAAAUUGUCCUAGCCUCGGUUUGGAUCGGUUUCAAUCAUCCUACGACUAUCCAAGCACACGAAAUCACCUGGUCCGUGUGCUGUGUGAUAUCGAACUUCCUGAUCUGUGUGCUGGGAAGCUGGCGACUUUUCGCCAACAAUUAUCUCCAUUGGGCUGCCGUCUGCACCUGGUUGCUGCUCAAUCUUCAAGGUUUCGUCGGCGAAGGCUUAGGCUUCGCUGAACGGGAGUACCUGAUCUGGUACGUGCUGUUCAUCAUCUUUGUUCCGUAUGCGAUGCUUCCACUUCCGCUCAAGUGGUGCAUGAUUGCCGGAUCGGUUUCAGCCGUGUGUCACCUGAUCGUGACCACCAUCAACAAGUUCCUGCAUGAAACGGACACAACCUGCAUCAUCCGGCAGAUGAUUGCCAACUCGUUGCUGUAUCUGGCCAUUAAUUUUGCCGGAAUGUACACCAAAUAUCUAACGGAUCGGGGCCAACGGUUGGCGUUCAUCGAAACCCACAAGGCCAUGGAGCACAAACGGGAAUCAGAAAAGGAAUAUCAGAGAACCCAAAGGUUGCUGGAUUCAAAACGAAAUUUGUUCCAAAUACCCAACAAGACUAAGGAUAAAUGUCACUCCGACGGAGAAUCGUCAACUCAAAACAAACAUUUAUACGCCGAACUGACGCAUAUCCAUUUGUAG